GAAAUGACUGCCGUUGCUGAUAUUGGUCUUAUUGGUCUGGCUGUCAUGGGCCAGAACUUGAUUCUAAACAUGAAUGAUCAUGGCUACACUGUUUGUGCCUUUAACCGCACUACUUCAAAAGUCGAUGAUUUUCUUGCCAACGAAGCAAAAGGAACCAAGAUUGUUGGUGCACAUUCCAUUCAGGAACUUUGUUCUAAACUAAAACGUCCUCGAAAAGUCAUGCUUCUUGUAAAGGCUGGUGCUGCCGUAGAUGAUUUUAUUUCUCAAUUGCUUCCCUUCCUUGAACCUGGUGACAUCAUCAUCGAUGGUGGAAAUUCUCAUUAUCCCGAUACCAUUCGUCGUUGUCACGAACUUGAAUCUAAAGGCUUCCUUUUUGUUGGAUCUGGAGUUUCCGGUGGUGAAGAGGGUGCUCGCUACGGUCCCAGCAUCAUGCCUGGUGGCUCUCCUGCUGCAUGGCCUCAUGUCAAGUCUAUUUUCCAGGACAUCUCUGCCAAGGCUUCCAGUGGAGAACCUUGCUGCGACUGGGUUGGUGAAGGCGGCUCUGGCCACUAUGUCAAAAUGGUUCACAAUGGCAUCGAAUACGGUGAUAUGCAGAUUCUUGCUGAAGCCUAUGCUCUUCUCAAGGAUGUUCUCGGUCUUUCUCAUGACGAGAUGGGUGACAUUUUCGAUGAAUGGAACCGCGGCGAGCUCGACUCUUUUCUCGUUGAAAUCACCAGAGAUAUUGUGCGUUUCAAGGAUACCGAUGGUCAGCCUUUAGUCGACAAAAUUCGCGACACUGCUGGUCAGAAAGGAACUGGUAAAUGGACUGCCAUUUCGGCUCUUGAUCUUGGCACCCCUGUCACCUUGAUUGGUGAAGCUGUCUUUGCUCGUUGUCUGUCUGCCAUCAAGGAUGAGCGUAUCUCAGCAUCCAAGAUUCUUCAGGGUCCAGUAGGCGUUCACUUUCCUGGUGACAAAAAGGCUUUUGUCGAAGAUAUUCGUCAGGCUGUCUAUGCCGCCAAGAUUAUCUCCUAUGCUCAAGGCUUUAUGGAACUUCGUGAGGCCGCCAAGGAGCAAAAAUGGAACCUCAACUAUGGUGGAAUUGCUCUCAUGUGGCGUGGUGGCUGCAUCAUUCGCAGUGUUUUCCUCGGUGAUAUCACCAAGGCUUUCAUCAACAAUCCCGAACUUCCAAACCUUCUUGUUGAUCCCUUCUUUACCAAAGCAAUUCACCGUUGUAUGCCCCAUUUCCGUCGUGUAGUUUCCCAGGCCGUUCUUCUUGGCGUUCCCGUUCCUUGCUUUUCAUCUGCACUUGCCUUUUAUGACGGAUACCGCAGUGCCAAGCUUCCUGCAAGUCUUUUGCAAGCCCAGCGUGAUUACUUUGGUGCUCAUACCUACGAGCUCGAAACUGCUCCUGGAAAAUGGGUUCAUACCAACUGGACAGGUCGUGGUGGACGUGUUGCCUCUUCGACUUAUGCUGCGUGAGAGCAUUCCAUUUAAAAAUGAAUUUUAUGGUGUCAUGUUUCAUUCACCUAAUUCAAUAAAAUUGCAAGUGAUGUUGGGGAAUGU